CCAUCACAGUUUCUCUUGAACAUUUUCCAAACCAACAUUGUCAACAUGCCUGCCAUCAAGCUUACUUACUUCGACCUCAGGGCUAGAGCCGAGCCCGCUAGACUUAUUCUGGCACAGGCCGGAGCCAAGUUUGAAGAUAUUCGUAUCCCUGCACCCUGGGAUGAUAUGGAGGGCUGGCAGAAGAUGAAACCCACCACCCCCUACGGACAAAUCCCACUUCUAGAGGUUGAUGGUGAAGUUAUCUCUGAAUCUGUAGCUAUUGCCCGCUACUGCGCCAGAGAGUUCGGUCUCGCCGGGAAGACGACAUUUGAAUCCGCUCAGGCUGAUGAGAUUGUCGAUGCUGUGCAGGGGGCUAUUGAGAAGCAAUACGUUGCUUACCUAUUUGAGAAGGAUGAGGCUAGAAAGACGGACCUUCAGAAGGCAUUUAACGAAUCUGUUCUACCAACCCUUCUAGGAAACCUAGAGAAGCGUCUUUGCUCUCGUGGCGGAGACUUCUUUGUUGGCGGAGCUCUGACCUGGGCGGAUAUUGUCACCUACCAAUUCUGCGUUGAACUGCCGGAUAAGACCGUGGUGGAGAAGUACCCUAAGAUCUCCGCCCUGGUGGCGAAGGUCGGAGAACUACCAAAUAUAAAGGCUUGGGUUGCUUCAAGACCAAAAACUACAUUGUAAUUAAGUAAUUAAUCAGUAUUAAACACAUCAUUUGGUCAUUUUAUUUUGUUUUAAUGAGUUUUAAUCAUUCAGUUCUGAAAUAAAAUUAAUUUGUAUUCAA